AUGAUAGUCCCUCGCGUCUUUGCCCAGACGCAACUGGGCCAAAGACGACCACUCGACUUCAACGAGAAAGAUCCAUUAUCCAGAAGGAAAUCAAGAGACCUCAGCUCGGCAUCCCGGUCGCCUCCGCGCUCUGCCCUCUCCCAGCGUCUUUCCAAACACCCCUCGUCCUCAACCUCCUACAAAUCCUCCUCAGAUCCUGUCAAGAUCCCAAACCGCGCUGAGGGACAGCCUCACCUGCCUCCCCAUCGACCCGGGCCUUCGUCAAUCCAGACCUCAAGCGACAGCUCGAGUGCCGCGUCUCAGCCGCUGUCGAAGAGAAAAGAUUCGGUCCAACAGAUCCUGUCCUCCACAACUAUCCCGGUCCGGAGGAAACGCAGGCCAAGAGCAGGUCAACGCCUGCCCGAUUGUGACUACGUGGCGGAUUUCAGUAAACUGCUGAGGGACGAUGUACAGCAGGGCAGAGAGGCCAGCCCGUCAGGGAGUUGGGCCAAUCCACAAUUCGAGAGUCUGUUUGGCACAAUCGAUGGACUGAUGGAGGGACAAAUGAUUGUUGGGAGUGAAGGAGUCGACGAGGGCAUCUUGUCCAGUCGGUCUAUCUCGACCGAGUCGAUGCCUUCCCUGGCGUCCCGGGACGACUACAGCACCGCCGAUACCGCCAGUAUCUCCCCUUCCACCGUCAGAUCUCCAUCCGAACACCGAUUCCGCCAAGUUGCCAGUUCAGAAGACUGCAGCAGUCAUCACCCUCUUCUGCCACUGGAGGACGAGGACGACGACAACUAUAGCGGUGCCACCACGCCUGACCUGGCCAUAUCACCUCCAUCCAGGCCCAAGCGCAGAUCCGUGCCUGAACGACGGCCGACGUCGUUCAAGUCGAGUCUCACAGCUUCGUUGAAAGCACUCAAAUCCGCCGCGCAGACGGUAUCGACUCUCGCCACCACUCCGCCGCUCGUCCAGCCGGACGACUUUCUGUCGCGAUCCAUCUUCGACUUCCAGCCUGCCCUGACGGAUGACCGCCGUCCACCGCCGUCGGAUGAGCCCCCGUCCGCCGCCCUGCGGAGGUAUCUCAACCCGAACAUCUUCGUCCCGCCCGACUCUCCAGCCCAACUGCAUUUCUGGGUCGAAGAGAAGAGGACUCCGUCGCCCUCGUCAGAGGAAACCAGGCCGAAAUUGAAGAUCAAACGAAAAUACCAGAACCAAAACAAGACCCAAUCCCAAAGAUCUUCACCAGUCACCGACGAGCACGGCCGCAUCCAACAGCCCAAAAGCAGCACCGCCCGACUACCCCCGGUUGUUCCACUAGCGACAUGCAUCCCAUCGAGUAUCCGCACCGCCCACGCGUCCAGUCCGCCCAUCUGGCUAGAGCCGGACGGCACGCCGAGCAACAAGCACCGCGCCGCCCAGGCUCUCUGGGAAGAGGAGGUGUUGAAGGCAGAAGGCCAGCCCCGACCGCGCGAGCCACGCGAGAACAGGGAUUUCCUCCGCAUCUUCGUCUGUGAGAUGAACAUGCGCAAGUGCGGCAAACUGAGCCUCGACGCCGUCGGUCAUGCCAGGCUAUGGCUGCCGCCGGUGGACGAAAGAGGCAACAACAAAGACAAGUCUGACAAGAAGACCAGCAAGGCUGGCAGCGAGCGAUGGGCCAUUUUGUCACCCGACUCUUGA